UUCAGGGAAGGGUCCCCCGCCCACCUCAUCAUGUCUCGAAGAAGCCAGCGCCUAACACGCUACUCCCAGGGUGACGAUGACGGCAGCAGUGGAGGUAGCUCGGUGAUGGGGAGUCAGAGCGCCCUGUUUAAAGACAGCCCUCUCAGGACCCUGAAGAGGAAAUCCAGCAACAUGAAGCGCCUCUCCCCGGUGCCGCAGCUGGGCCCCCCCUCCGACAGGCACACCUCCUACUACAGCGAGUCUGUGGUCAGGGAGUCCUACUUUGGCAGCCCCCGGGCCGCCUCCAUCGCUGCCUCCCUCACCAGGAACUCCAUCCUCGACGACCAGCCGCAUGGUGACCCCUUCUGGAGUGAGGACCUGCGGGUGAGGAGGAGGAGAGGCACAGGUGGCACUGAGAGCAGCAAGGUCAACGGGCUCCCGGAGAACAAGCUCUCCGAGGACUUCCUCGGGUCGUCCUCGGGCUACUCUUCCGAGGAUGACUACGUAGGCUACUCGGAGACAGACCAGCGGGGUUCGGGGUCGCGGCUACGGAAUGCUGUCUCUCGGGCGGGCUCUCUUUUCUGGAUGGUGGUCACUUCUCCAGGCCGGCUCUUCGGACUCCUCUACUGGUGGAUUGGCACCACCUGGUACCGCCUGACGACCGCUGCCUCCCUCCUCGACGUCUUCGUUUUAACCAGGCGCUUCUCAUCACUGAAGACGUUCCUGUGGUUCCUCUUGCUGCUGCUGGUUCUGACAGGCCUGACCUACGGCGCAUGGUACUGCUACCCCUUCGGGCUGCAGACGUUCCACCCCGCCGUGGCUUCCUGGUGGACCUCGAAGGGCAGCGGUGGGCAGCAUGCGGUGUGGAGCUCCAGAGACUCAUCCCCGUAUUUCCAGGCCGAGCAGCGCAUUCUGUCCCGGGUACACUCUCUGGAGCGGCGCCUGGAAGCUCUUGCUGCCGAAUUUUCCUCCAGCUGGCAGGAGGGGGCCAUGCGGCUGGAACGCCUGGAGCUGCGGCAGGGGGCUGGAGGGCAGGGCGGCAGCGGGAGCCUGAGCCACGAGGACACCCUGGCGCUCCUGGAGGGGCUGGUGAGCCGCCGCGAGGCUGCCCUGAAGGAGGACUUCCGCAGGGACACCACUGCUCAGAUCCAGGAAGAACUGGUCACCCUGAGAGCAGAGCAUCGACAGGACUCAGAAGACCUCUUCAAGAAGAUUGUCCAGGCCUCGCAGGAGUCUGAGGCUCGACUCCAGGAGCUGAAGUCUGAGUGGCCAAGGAUGACCCAGGAGUCCUUUCGGGAGAGUUCCAUGAAGGAGCUGGGGCGGCUGGGGGUCCAGCUGGAAGGCCUGCGGCAGGAACUGGCGGCCCUGACCCUGAAGCAGAGCUCGGUGGAGGACCAAGUGGGCCUGCUGCCCCAGCAGCUCCAGGCUGCGCGGGACGACGUCGAGUCUCAGUUCCCUGCCUGGGUCAGUCAGUUCCUUCUUCGAGGUGGGGGAAGCCGCGCUGGGCUCCUUCAGCGAGAGGAGAUGCAAGCUCAGCUGCAGGAGCUGGAGAGCAGGAUCCUUGCCCACGUGGCCGAGAUGCAGGGCAAGUCAGCGAGGGAGGCCGUGGCCAGCCUGGGGCUGACGCUGCAGAAGGAGGGCGUGAUUGGGGUGACAGAGGAGCAGGUGCACCGUAUUGUAAACCAGGCUCUGAAGCGCUACAGUGAGGACCGCAUCGGGAUGGUGGACUAUGCCCUGGAAUCGGGAGGGGCCAGCGUCAUCAGUACCCGAUGUUCCGAGACCUACGAGACCAAGACGGCCCUCCUCAGCCUCUUCGGCAUCCCCCUGUGGUACCAAUCCCAGUCUCCCCGAGUCAUUCUCCAGCCAGACGUGCACCCAGGCAACUGCUGGGCCUUCCAGGGGCCCCAGGGCUUUGCUGUGGUUCGCCUUUCUGCCCGCAUCCGCCCCACUGCUGUCACCUUAGAGCACGUGCCCAAAUCCUUGUCACCCAACAGCACCAUCUCCAGUGCCCCCAAGGACUUUGCCAUCUUUGGUUUCGAUGAAGACCUGCAGCAGGAGGGGAUGCUCCUUGGCCAGUUCACGUACGACCAGGAUGGGGAGCCCAUUCAGACGUUUUAUUUUCAGGGCCCUAAAAUGGCCACGUACCAGGUGGUGGAGCUGCGGAUCUUGACUAACUGGGGCCACCCCGAGUACACCUGCAUCUACCGCUUCAGGGUGCAUGGGGAACCCGCCCACUAGGCCUUCUCUGUGCCGCUGCCGCCGCCAGCGGGGAGGCCAGCUCCUCUCGGCACGUGCCCCUGCUCUGGGGGUAGCUGCACAGCAGCCCCGCCUCUUCCCCCGCACGCUUGAAGCGCACUGACUUCCAGGAAGAAGAAAGAAGAGCCCCUGGCCCAGUGGAGAUGAGAAGGAACACGCAGGCUCUUCCUGAGCGGCGGGUGGCUCGAGCGGUCAGCAGGCUCCGGCGUCUCUUCUCCUCCUUUGUUCUCUGUGUGCCGGGCACCGGGCGUCUUCUUCUCCCUCCUGCGAGGGUGUAUAUAUGUCGCAUGUUGUGGGAAAUCGAGGCAGGGAGAGACGGGAUGAGUGCCCACGUUCCGGCAAAGGUGGACGAGACCUGCCCGCCCCUUGCCCACGUGCGGGGGCUGGCACCCAGGGAGCUGCAUAAAUGAAGCGGGUGCCAAAGCCAUGGGUGAAACAGGCUGGGGCCUGGGGCAGCUGAGCUGUGCCCCCUCCCUAGGCAGAGGAGUGAGGUCCUCUGGGAAGAGGGUGCAGGCUGGGACUGGUCCCCAGGCAGGAAGCUCCUGGGAGAAGGCAGCUGGGCUCCUCCAGAAAGCUA